AUGAACUUGCUCAGGCAGCGAGUGGCAGGACCGUCUGGACUAGGCGGAGGGAGGAAGGGGGCGACGAGUGGAAAGACGAAUGGCGCAAGCGCCGAUGGUGAGGAAGACAGUAGUGGAGGAGUGGACGGUCAAGGCGACGGAGUGUCUCUUCCACCGGGGGACGAUUGGACUCGUCGCAAGUGGCCUGAUUUGGGCAGCAGCGGGAGCAGCUUCAGCCUGAGCAGCAGCAACAACAGCAACCCCACGUUUUCUGGUUUCCCCCCGCCACCUGUCGCCAACAAUGGCUCCGCUAGUCCUGAGCGCAAGCUGGGCUGGCGCCGUCGCUCGCUCUCCGUCUUGCCGCACAAGGCCGCUCUCAGAUCAACCUCCCCCCUCCGCGGCGUCUUCCCCAGCGUGCAGUCGCUGGGCGGCGGAAAGGAGUCGGCGGCGGGAAACGCGCGGGCUCAGCGGAAGGGCGGGGGCAAACUCGCCAGCGAAGCGGAACGCGCGGGGGCAAUGCCGGUUGGGGGAGCCGCCGGAGCAGCAGGUGGGCCGGCGGGCGCGGUGAUGAGGCGGCAGGGGCUGAACCUGGGUCCGCGGGGCUCCCCGCAGGGGCUGAACGCGCUAGAGGACAUGCUUAAGGGCGGAUGGUCCUCCGCCGAGUCCUCGCCCGCCGUCACCCCGCAGCGCUCCAUGACCGUUGGGGUCGACAGGACCGGCGCUAGGAGGGGGGGCGGGGCUGCUGCGCCAGCUUUCGCCUCGCCGCCCUCUUUUGGCGGGUGGGAAAGGCGAGCCGCGGCAGAGGAAGCGGGAGGAGCGGGAAGGGCGUCAGACCUGGGUGGGUGGGGUGACGGGGAGGAGGGAGGUGCUGUGGCGAGGGGUAGCGGGCUAGGAGACGAGGCGGUCAUUCUGGGAACGGGAAUGACGGCGGCAAGCGCGGGGAUGGGGGCUGGACAUCCGCGGAUGGUAGGCGCGCAGGCAGGAGGUGGUGGGAGCCCAUUGCGCGCAGCGGUGGGCCGGAGUGGUAGCGCGGAGGACGGGAGAACUGGUGUGGAAGGUAGGUGGGGCGAUGAGGAGCGAGGGCAGAAGAGGGCGAUGCGGUCCAAGACGGGCGAUGGGGCGGCGGCAUGGGCGGGAUGGUCGCACGCAGGCGAGGGGUGGCGGGCGGACGCGGGGAACGGAGGGGAGGCGCAGGAGCACAGGGACGUGACCGGCGCGCAGGUGCUGGGGCGGGCGUGGAGCAGGGCGGGGGAGACAGCAAACGGCAUGGGCGGGGGCAGAGGGGCAGCAGCGGAAGGCGCAGGGGGAAUGGGGAGCAACAGAGGAGCCCUGCCAGGCGUGUGGGGCGGGAGGGGGGCAGGGGGCUUAGGGAGACCUGCUGUGGGGAGGCUGGGCGGCGGGGCAAUGCAUGGGGGGGGUGUGGUGGACGCAGGCCAGGGGAGAGUAACGGCGAUAGCACGUCACCGCAGUCAGAGUCUGGCGGACCUGCUGCAGACGCAGACAGGCGCAGGGGGGAGGUCGGAGGGCGAGACGGAUGGGCGCGGCGAGGACAGCGGGAGUGGCAGUGAUGGGGAGGGGGAAGGGGAGAAGUGCAUGCGGCGGGGCUUCAGCCUGAACGCCAGUGGCAGCAGCGCGGGGGGCAGCGGCGCGCAUGUGAGCCACAGCGCCCUGGGACGAGGUGGCGCGCAUGUGCUGCGCCCUCCGCAUCUCCCCAGCCCCAGCCUGAGCGCGCUCCCCUUGCUCUCCCACGCCUCAUCCGUUCCCACCGUUGCUCCCCAAUGGAGGGGCCCGCGGGAGGGAGGGGAGUGGCCAGGGAAGGCGGCGGAGCAGGUGGAGGAGCGGGAGAGGGAGGCGAGAGGGAAGGGAAGAGGGGGAGGCGGCGGGAAAGGCGUAAUUGAUGGGCAGUUUGCGUGGGACGUUCCGUGGCAGGGACUCGUGAAGGGGGAGGGAGGUGAUGCACAGGAGAGGACAUGGGACGAGGAACGCAGGCAGGGCGGGCAGGGAGGGCGGCAGCGCAAGGAGCGAGAGGAAGGAGGUGGUGGUGAAUUGGAGAGGGAGGGGACUGAGGAGAGCAGUGAGGAGUGGGAGGAGCAGGAAGACGGGAGGGCGAAGAACGGCGGAGUGCGAAAGGAGCAGGAUCUAGACGAGACAGAGAGUGAGAGCGAUGGGGAGAGCACGAGUGAGAGAGGUAGUGGUGGUGUGGAAGAGGAGGGGUCUGAGGGCGAAGGCAGCACGGGUGAGAGUGCGCACUGGCAGCAGCAGGGCGGACGUGUGAGCGAGCAGGGAAACAGUGGCAGUGGGGAGGGGUCGGUGGUGAUGGUGGAGAGCGACAGUGAUGCAGACGUGCAGAGAGAUGCAGCGUGGCACAGCGACGCUGAUGGGCGCAGUGCUGCCCCCUCUCACGCUUCCUCCGAGGGUGCUCACAGUGACGCUCGUGGUCAUGUUGUGGUUCAGGGGAGAGGACAUGCAAGCGAUGGGAGGGUUACUAGGGGGUACGGUGGUGAGGGUGGUGGUGGUGGGGUGGAGGAGAGAGCAGGGCGCGAGCAGACUGCAGUAGAUUUGAAGGUACGCGGGAGAGAGCACGGAAAGCUGUUGAAAGGGGGGAGGGAUGAGGAGGAGGAGGAGGAGGAGGAGGAGGAGGAGGAGGAGGAGGAGGAGGAGGAGGAGGAGGAGGAGGAGGAGGAGGAGGAGGAGGAAGGGGAGGAGGAGGAAGAGGAAGGGGAGGAUGACGAGGUGGUAGAUGCAGUGCCUAUAUCGCCCACAAUGCUUGCUCUCCUCACAUCCUCCACCACGGCUUACCCCCACCCGUACCCGCUCUCGCCCUUGCACCAUGCGGCCUCCCAGCCUCCCAUGCACAUGCUGAAAGCCAGCAGCAGCAGCAGCGGCAGUGGCAGUGGCGGCAGGCGACUGACAGGGAGUGGGGGCUCUGGUAGCUGGGGCGGGCAGGCAAGAGGCUCAGGCUCAGCGCAGGAGAGUGGAGGACAGGGAGGAAGGCUGGGUCGACCCGCAAGUACAAGCGCUGCCGCUUUCCAUACACGACCCCUCUCUCCUGCUGCUCUAGCACCUGCUGCUGUCACCGCCAACAGCAACAGCAUCAGCAACAGCAACAUCAACAUCAGCAGCAGUGGCAGCGGGGGCAGCAGCAGGGGCAAGAAGGCAACGCUUCCCUGUGCGCCCCUGCCUCCUCCCGCCGCCCCUGUUGCCGGAGGCUCCAGGGCACCUGCUGCUGGUGGGCAUGGGCACAGGAGCAGCGGGGGCAGGGGGAACAGGGGGAAGCAGCGCGUGAGUGAGGGCGGCAGUGUGGUGUAUUGGAGCAGUGGCAGCGGUGGCAGCUGGGGUGGUAGUGGUGCUGACUGGACUCUCACUGACCUUGCUGCCCCUUCCACCUCGCCCACUGACCCUCAACAUUCUCCACAAGACAUACCGCAGGUGGCACCACCCCAAGCUGCGUACAAGGCCAGCCCUGCCACUCCUUCCACCCAUGCCACCGCUGCUGCACCUGCCACCACCGCCACCACCGCCACCACCGCCGGUCCUCUGAACACCAGCAGCAGCCCCGGCAGCCACUUCCCCCUUCGGCCUUCCCCUGCCUUUGCUGCUGCCAGACCCCCCCGCCAACCGGCAAUGCCAGGGGCACAGGCAGCGGGGGGAGGGGGAUCAGCAGGAGGCGAGGGGGGGGAUGGAGGGGAGUUCGGGGCGCGGGGCAGGAGAGAGGGUUCAGAGAGGAGGGCCCUGAGUCAGAUCCCGCCACUCGAUUCCCCAUCACCCACGCACGCGUCACCGUUUGCAUCACCGCACGUGCCAGCAGCCGCCGCCUUCCCCUCCUCCUCGUCCGUGCCAGCCUGCAUGCCCUCCUCCCGCUUCGCCCCCUCCCCUCCGCCCUUCGCUCUCGCCUCCCUGCGCACCUCGUCCCUGCAGCCCUCUGCUGACCCAGCAGCAGCACCAGGGGGCGCGCCACCCGUAUUCUCCAGUGCAUCAGCAGGUGGUGGGCCCGCAGUGGCCUCACCAUCAGCACCCAAGCCAUUGACCUAUCCAGUACCAUCAGCAGGAUCAGCGGCAGGAGGGCAGCGUGUGUGUGUGCGGUGUGAGGGAGUGGAGAUACCCAAGCAGGCACGCAUAGGCGGUGACAUCACCGUGUGGUUCACCCUUCGUAACUUCUCCAAACGACCAGUGCGGGGGCAGGUGGAGCUGGUGGUGAGGGUGCAAUGGCACACGGAGCAGGGCGAGGCGGUGGAGAGGGAGGCCAGGGAGCUGGCGCUGCCCAUGGCGCCCGCAGACCGCACACGUGUGGACGUCAGAGUGCCCCUCGAUGACGCCGCUGCCGCUUUCUCCCACGCCUCGCUCUCCGCACACCUGGUGCUUGCAGGCACGCCCGCACACCACAGGCGCAGUGAGGUGCGGCUGGUGCCACCAUACACAGGCCACCCCGCGCACAUCCUGCUGCUCUCAGACGCCUCGCUCUCCCGCCCUCAGUUCCUCACCUGGCGCUCCAUCGCCGCCCUGCUGCACCUCUCCCUCUCCGUCUGGGAUAUCGCUCUGCACUCCUCCCUGCUCCCCCCUUCCACCCCUUCUUCCUCCUCCGACCCCUCCCAACCGCGCUCCACCGCCGUACCCUCUCCUGCGAUUUCUGCAAUUGCCGCUAGCAACCCGUCGCUCCCAGCAGCAAGCAUGCAAGAGACACGCGCAGAGCAGGUGGCGGGUGCACUGGAGGGCGAGUACUCUCACCUCGCUGCCAGGCCACCGCAUGCCGCAGCACCAGGGUCAGUGGGCAGUGGUUGGGGGGGAGAGAGAGGGGGAGGCGGAGGAGGGGGCAUGGGCGCGGCGAGUGGGAGUCGGUCGCUGCAGUGGCAGCACGAGCAGCGCAUGGCGGCAUCCAUGAAUGAUGCUCUGCUCGCCCGCUCCACACAGGGGGGCGCCCAUGCGCCCGUGCAUGGUGCCGUGCAGCACAAUGCAGCGGAGAGCGUGCGGUCGUGGAACGACGCUCCUCAGUUCCGCUCCGCUCCCUUCUCAUCCUUGUCUGCUUCCCAUGCCCCGCUUGUCGUCUCGGUUGCGCCCUCGCAGCCACGCGUACUCACCUGCCUCCCCACAUCCCUCACACCACCCGCCCUUCUCUCCCACCGGUCCCACCUCCUGCUGGCGGCGGGCAUAGAUCCCAGCGACCUGUGUGAGUUCCUGCGAGUCUCCUCGCGCCUCGUGCGCUGCGUGGAAGUGCCUCUUUCACGGAUGAGUGACGAGGGUGUGCCUGCUAAGGCCACUCGCAAGGGGAAAGGCAGGGCCAGCAUGCUCGCUUGCUUCCGCCCGGUGUCCCCCUUUGCAGCUGCCUCGGCGCACGCGUAUAAGCUUCAUGAGAGCCUGCAGCAGGAGUUUCCAGAGUUUCGCCAUUUCGUCUCCAUCGACCUGCACUCAACAGACGGGCCUGCCCAAUUGAAACAUUUCCGCUGCCCGCUGCCGGCCAUGCUGCGCGUGCAUGCGCUGCCAACAGAGUCCUUCGACCCCCCUCCAGAUGACCUGAUAGUCGCGGGGCACCUGGGCGUGGGGGAUACAUCUGAUGAGGACAGCGAUGGGGAUGGGGAUGGUGACAGUGAUGCUCAUGAUGGUGAAUAUGAUGGCGCUCGUGAUGGUGAUGCUCAUGCGGAUGGGUAUGGGGAUGUGGGUGAGGAUGGCGAUGGGGAUGGAGAUCGGGAUGGGGAUGGGGAUGGCGAUGGGGAAGGAUAUGAUGGCAGUGCAUGGGCAGAGCUGGACAGCCAUGGGGGCAUGAAUUCAUACGGCAGCAGGGAUGCGGGAGAUGCGAGUGAUGGCAAUGCAAGUGACGCCAUGGGGGGCGGGCAUGCGAAUGGCUUUUCGGAUUCUGGGACGGUGCUUGACAGCGGUGACUGGGGUGCUUACAGGGAUGACAGGGGCCACGGGGGAGCGCAGGCGCACAAGGGAGAGGAGGAGAAGGGCGGCACGAGGAGGGGGAGGUAUGCGCGGGGGAGCAGCACAGCGAGUGUGGUGUUUCACGAGGAUGCGGACGCGGAUGACUGGGGUGCUGGCCUGGGGGGCUACUCCCGGAGCACCACUCUCGGGUGUGGCAGGGAGAAGGACAAGGGGCGAGGGGUGGCGGUGCAAGGUGCUUCGGAGAAUGGUUGGGGGGCAGGGGCUUCGGUGAAAGCGUUGCGCGCGUCGUCAAUGCCCCGUCAGAGGGCGAGUGGGCAGGCAAAAGGCGGAAAGCACGCUGUGUCUCCUCCCACGCGCCCUCCUGCUCGUGCCACUUCCCGCCCUGCUCCUGCUGCUGCCAUUCGCCCUCCCAACCAGCGAUACGCCGUCGCUGCUGCUGACGGCUGUGAGGGGCAGGAGCAGGAGGAGAGGGCAGGGCAGCAAGAGCGGCAUUUGAACCGCAACCUGUCUUUCCAGGGCGAGGGGUGGGACGGCAGUGGGGCUCACAGUGACGUGGAGCAGCGGCAGCAGCCGCGACAGCAGGAGGGGCAGCGGGGUGAUGCCAUGGAGGGCAAUCAAGGCUCAGCGUGGACGCCAGGGGGAGGGGGCGGGGAAGACGAAUGGGGAAGUUAUUCCGAGCCAAACAACAGGAUGCAGCGCAGCAGACCACAGCAGCAGCGGCAGCAGCAUGGGCGGGGAAACCAGGAGGGCCCCCAGGAAUUGAGUUCCCAAGGGCGGCAAGGGAGACGCAUGAGAUCACGCCCACCACCGGAGCCUCACUCUCCGCCGUCGCCCCUCCACCUGCCUGUGCCAGCCACCCUCCCUGCUGUGCCCAGCGCCAAGGAUACCUUUGCCUCCCCGGACUCCACGCCCCCUCUCCCCCGGCGCAGCAUCAGCAUGGGGCGUGCGACCACGGGGGCAUCCCUGCCGUCGCGGCUGGCGGACAUGGUGCGCUCCCUCACGCCCUCCCGCUUCGACUACCGCCGCCAUGCACACGAGCAGCGCCAGGGGGCAGAGGAGGAGGCGGGGGAGGAGGGCAGGGAGUUGAGGGCGGUGCAGAGCUUGAACAGCCGUGGCUUCCGAGGCAGCCGCAGUCACGUGAGGGCAGCAGGGAGUGGCGAGGGGGUGGGAGGUGUGGUAACAGUGGCAGCAGGGAGCAGCUUAAGCCGGCUUGGUUUGGGGAAUCAGGGGGCGAGCGCAGGGAAGCAGGGCACGGGGAGGGGUAGAGAAGGGGCCGGGAGGCGGUGGGGUGGAGGGAGAGGUGGUGGGAAUGGUAGCAAGGGUGAGGGCGAGAGGCCAGUUGAGCUCACGUCCUCGCUCUCCCUCCCCAUGUGGGUUUCGGCUCGCAAUCAACCCAGGGAUGUCAGCCCCACGCGCCUCUCCCUGCCACGUGGCAACCCCUCGUUGCGCCACAUCAGCAGCAUGGGUGCAAGGACCACGAGUCGAGUGAACUCCCUGGCACGGAGUGUGAACAAAGCGCCCACUGCCCCUAACCGCAAGGGCCACCUGGGUGCCGCUGACCCCCCCACUUCCUACACCCGCAGCCUCAGCGAGAGCCAUGCCACUGCUCGCCGAACAACUUUGCCAAACCUGCUGGCGAGCCUCGGAAAGCCACCGAAGCUGGUGCCUUUGGAUGGGGAGGGGUCGGAGUACGGGAUGGCAGUGGUGGCGGUGCUGUCAGCGCUGCCCAUGCGCGCCAAGGUGGCUGCUGCCCUCGCAUCGGGCGUGCAACACAGCGCAGGAAUGGGUGGUGGCGGUGGUGGAACCUCGUUUGAGGGCUAUACAGGCACCUCCGUGCAUCGCCUCACCUUGCUGCAGGUGGUGGCAGCAUGCAUAUGGGCGGAGCUGCAGUACGAUCUCCUCCACUCACGGCCAGCCAUAGAAGCAGCAGCUACAGCAGGGCCCGCCACCUCACAUCCCGGUGCCUUCUCUCCCGCACUGCUCCUGCCGCAAGCUGCCGCCCUGCUGGCAGAGCUGGAGCGCCAUGCCUCCACUGCGCCUCACAGCACAACCUGGCCACCCCCUGACGAUGUCGUUCUCGCUCUCUCCUCCGGCCUCCUGGUCCUCGCCUUCUCCCCCACGCUGCCUGUCUCCGCCACCGCUCCCUCCGCCUCCUCCUUCCUCCGGUCCUCCUCCCUCUCUGCUGCCACCCUCUCCCGCCCCUCUCCUUCCUCGCUUCCUCACAACCCCUCGUCUCAGCCCCUCUCACCAGCAGCAGUAGCGGCAGUGCGAGCAGUGGCGAGCCAGUGUGUGUCACGCCUCAAGGGUCUUCUCUCGGCGCAAGGAGGAAGCCAGGGAAGGCUUGACAGUGGUGGCGGGUGUGAUGGGAGGAGGAGUGGGUGGCUGCCUGAGACUGCUGAGGAAGUGGCAGGGAUCCAAGCACAGCUGGCAGUAGCACAGCGCGUGCUGCCUGAUUGGCUGGGAGUGCACCGCGCUGCACAGGAAGCUGCUGCAGUGGUGUGGGAGGAUUGA